AUGGCGAUGAACACAGCGCUCCUUCGGUUACUGCCUCUGCUGCUCCUGCUCCUGCCGCCUCCCCUCCGCCAUUACCUCUCACCGCCACCGAGUGAUCACGGCGGCGCAACCGAGCAGCUCCGAGUCUACCACCCCAUAAUUCUCUUCCCCGGCUUCAGCUGCCCCAACCUGGAGGUGCGGCUCACCGACGCCUACACGCCGUCGCUGCCACGCUGCGGGGCGCUCAAGGGCAAGGGAUGGUUCCCGCUCUGGAAGAACCCCUGGGACCUGCUCCGCCAUGACUACGUCCCGUGCUUCGAGGAGCAGAUAACCCUCGUCUUCGACCCCACCCUCGACGACUACCGCAACCUCCCCGGCGUCGAGACCCGCGUGCCGGGCUUCGGCUCCGCAUACGGAUUCACCUCCAAGAAUGACGUGCAUAACAUGUUUUGUAUGAUAAGGCUCCGUGAAGAACUGGAAGUACUAGGAUAUCGUGACAAAGAUACUCUUUUUGGAGCUCCGUACGAUCUACGUCAUGCUCCACCACCGCUCGGCCAGCCAUCUCAGGUGUACUCCGACUACUUUGCUCGUGUCAAGGAUCUGGUGCAACAUGCAAGUGGGAAGAACGGGAACAAGCCGGUCAUCCUCAUUGGUCAUAGCUUCGGCGGCAGGGUCAUCCUCGAUUUCCUCAACUCAACUUCCCUGUCAUGGAGGCAAAACCUCAUCAAGCAUAUAAUUGUCAUCUCGCCCACACCUUCUACGGGCUUCACCCAGGUAGUCACCAACCUCGCAUCCGGACCGGAUGUUAUUGGUGUUCCAACCGUUCCAUCGCUUGCUUUGCGGCCAAUGUGGAGGGCCUUCGCGAGUUCCCUUCUGUCCCUGCCAUCUCCCGCUGUUUUUGGUCACAAGCCGCUCAUAAUCACCAAAAACAGGAACUACUCAGCAUACGACUACCCGCAUUUUCUCGCGGCACUCGGUUUCGGUACAGACGAAGUUGUGCCCUUCAUGAAACGGGUGCUUCCGACGAUGCUGAGGAUUGACGCGCCAAUGGUACCAACCACAUACCUCAAUGGGGUCGGCAUACAAACCAUGGAGCAGGUGGUAUACUGGGAAGGUAACUUUGACAUCGCCCCUGAGAUCGUACAUGGCGAUGGAGAUGGGUGCAUCAAUUUGAUUAGCGUAUUGGCGUUUGCCAAGGAGCUACAUAGACAGCAACAGCGGAAUAACAUACCCUUCAAGUUCAUCAAGAUUGAUCAUGUCACACACUAUGAUAUUGUUAGCCGGGAGCAUUCGCUUAGAAUAAUUAUGACUGAACUUCUAGAAGCAAAUUGUUGA